AUGUUAUUCCUCAUAAGCACCUCAUACCGUUUUAGAAAAAGGUUUCUCUUUUUCCUUCUUUUUCUUCCUCACUUUUUUAUUUUUCUCUUUUUUAUCAUCCUUAUUCAUUUCGUUCUGUCUUUUUGUCUCUCUUCAAUUUCCUCUCCCUUUUUUCUUAUUCUUUUUUUUUUUCAUUCCAGUUUUUUUCAAUUUUCUAUUUUUCCACAUAUUUUUUCAUUCUUUUUUGAGUGGUUGGUUGGGGAUGUCUUUCUUCCCAUAAUUCCUUCUUCUACUCUUUCCAUUUUCUUUCAUUUCACUCCCUACCUCAUUCUUUUCUGUUAUUCCCUCUUUAUUUCUUGUUGUUCAAACUUUUCUCCCCUCUUCAUACCCCCCCUCUCUCUUCUCUCACUCACAAACAGUUAUAUUUAUGCCAGUGUCCAUUUUCAACCAUCACCUUUAUCUGUACCCGACUCCACCACAACCACCUUAGGUCCCUUAACCGUCUUUAUCUAUAAAACUCCCUCCUCCUCUAUUAUAGGCCACUUCUUACUCCCUCUCCUUUUAUUCUUUCCUUUUUCUUUUUCCCUUCUUUCCUACCUUUGCCUUUCAAAUUUCCUGUGA